AUGGGAGGCCCUCAGGAAGGAUUCUCUAACUUACCUGAGGAAAAUGCAGAAGACAUUGGAUCUUCACAAGAGGAUAUUCCCCAUUUUGGUGAUGAAGAAUCGAGAGUGCCAUACAUCGGUUUCUUUUAUGCAAUACAAAUGGAUGUAGAAGGUCAUCUAGCUAAUUGCUUUUGGGUAGAUGCUAGGUAUAGGAUAGCUUAUAAGAACUUUGGGGAUGUUGUCGUUUUUUAUCCUACAUACUUGACAAAUAGAUAUAAGAUGCCUUUUGUCCCAUUUACUGGAGUUAAUAACCAUCAUCAAUCAAUUUUAUUUGGUCGUGCUCUUCUUUGGGAUGAAACUCAAGAAACUUUUGAAUGGUUACUUCGCACUUGGCUAGAGGCAAUGCUCUGUGUUAUGCCUCGUACAAUUAUCACGGAUCAGGAUGCUGCAAUAACAAAGGCAGUUGCAAAUGUGUUUCCAAAUUGUGCACACCACUUUUGCAUGUGGCACAUUGAAAAGAAAAUUCUCGAAUAUUUAAGUCAUGUCUAUCAUGACUUUGAUGAUUUUAAAACUAAGUUUAGUAAGUGUCUACAUGGUACGACCACGCCUGAGGAAUUUGAAGCUACUUGGAUUGAUAUUAUGAAAAACAAUAAUUUAGAAGAAAAUAGUUGGUUGCAAAGAAUAUAUGCAAUUCGUGAAAAAUGGAUUCCAACAUAUGUGAGAAGAAAUUUUUGUGCUGGAAUGUCAACAACUCAAAGAGGUGAGAGUAUGAAUAAUUUUUUUAAGGAUUAUCUUAAUUCUAGUACACCGAUGAGUGUAUUUGUAGCACAAUAUGAUAAAGCUAUUGAUGCUAGGUAUGAUAAAAUAAGGGAAAAGGAAUAUAAGACAAAAUAUUCAAAGGCUAUCUUGAAGACAUUGUAUCCCAUGGAGGAUGAAGCAGCAAAGGCGACUGGUGGCACUAGAGCUGCUGGCGUUCGCUGGUGUUGUUGUUGCUCGCCGGCGCUGGAGCUACGCAGUGGCUCGCUGGCCAGAGUUGCUGGUCACGCUGGCACUGCUGCUUCGCCGUGGAAUCUCUGGUGGAUGCUCGCUGAUCGAAGGUCACCUGCCGGAGUUGCUGCCUGCGCUAGCUCGCCUGGCUGCUAG